AAAAGUAACUGGUAACCGUUUGUUUGCUAGCUAGCGAGAGUCGAGUAAGAGGAGAGACAGUGUGUGUUUGUGUGUUUGUUUGUUUUCUUUGAACUUUCAUCACCACCUCCGUCCUCACAGCGCUGUGUGUGUGUGUGUGUGUGUGUGUGGUGAUGGCAGCCGAACAGGCUGAUGGAGGAGCGGCGGAGCAGGUCGACAUCUACGCAGAUCUGAAGACGGAGGAGGAGAGGGACCAGUCAGACGCAGAAGCUGAUGCUCUGUAUGACGAUGUUCUGACCGGGUCGGUGGACAGCGAGAGCGCUCUGGGAAAGCAGGAGUGUAAGGAGGAGGUUAAACCAGUGGAGGGAUUUGAAGAAGGACAUCGCUUCUCCGUCUACAUCGGGAACUUCAACUGGUGGAUGUCAGACACCGAUCUGAUUACCACGGCGGAGAAGCAGGGUGUGAGGGACAUCAUCGAAAUAAAGUUCGCUGAGAACAGAAUUAAUGGUCAGUCCAAAGGGUACGCCGAGGUGGUCGUGUCCACAGAGGAGUCCUUCAGGCGUCUGUUAGAGGCCAUGCCUCAGUGUAAGAUACACGGCGAGAAACUGGAGUGUCGCUUCGCCUCCAAGAGGAACCUGUCUGAGUUUGAGGCUCUGUCCAGAAAACGGAUCCCCCUGCGUCUGACCCCCAAAGGCGUCUCUGUGCGGUCCAAACACAGGAGUUCGUCCGCCUCCUCUCCGUCAGACGCACCCUUUCUACCCUUGCCCCUGAUGUUCAGUCAGGCCAAACCGCCCCCUCCCCUCCUGCCCUCGUCUUACCCCACCACCCCUCCUCCUGCUCCCCGCCCUCCUCUUCUGCCUCUUCCGACUCCAACUCUUCCUCCUCCUCCUCCUCUUUUUAACACUCCUCCUCCCCUGUUCCACUCACCCUCACCUCACGCGUACAUCCCUAACACACACGCACAAAACUCACACACACCCUCGCUACACAUCAACCCCGCCUUCUUCCCCCCGAGUCCAGCGACGUGCAGCAGCGGCGACAACAAAAGGACGGGAAAAUUCAGCCAGCCAGGGGACGGAGACUUCGACGAGCUGAUAAACAGGAACAGAACGAUCGCGAGCAGCGCCAUCACUAAAGCCAUUUCUGCAGCCACUUCAGGUGAUAUCCGGAUGGCCAUAGAGACACUGUACACGGCCACAGCGGUGAUCAAACAGUCACGCGUGUCGUAUGACAAACGCUGCCGCGUCCUCGUCGACUCCCUCAACGACUGUCUGAACUCCAUCGAGACCAAAUGCUUCCCUCCAAGUAAGAGACCGCGUUCUCGGGAGCGUGGAGCGAGGAGUCGGUCGAGGGAGCGCUCGUCCAGCACAGAGCGAGAGAGAGACAGGAAGCGCGAGAGAGGGCGUGACCGAGAGAGGCACUGACAGAGUCCAUCUCCCAGCAUUUUCAGUCUGUGGAAAAACAACAUGGAUUGUGUGUGUGUGUGUGUGAUGGAGAGGAGAGGACCAGUACAUUUACACACCCACACACUCUCUCCACUGGUACAGGAUCGUACACGACCACAUUUCAGUGAAGUUUCUCUAAAGGUGCCAAGCGGUUCUGUACAGUAAGGUUCCAUUUAACAAAAAGAAAAAAAAAAAACCACCCAUUUUUACAGUCAGUCAUGUGACCACACUGAGGUACAGCCCCGGUCUCGCACCUUCAGCAGGUCGGCACCAGGGUUCUCGUGCCUGCAGUUUUCUAAUGAACCUCUGAGAUACUCUCAUUAAACGUGUAUAAAUAAAUCAA